AUGAUCGAGAGAGAAGAACAAAUCACUGCUCCUUUGAUUCAUCGGCACAUCCAAGAUUUGGAUGCCUCAUCCGCUUCCUUUCAAGAUGAAAAUUCGCCGGUCGAGCAAGUGGCCCUGACGGUGUUGCCCACAGAUGAACCCACCUUGCCCGUUCUCACCUUCCGGAUGUGGGUCCUCGGUGCCUCUGCCUGUGUUCUCCUUUCAUUCCUAAACCAGUUCUUCUGGUACCGCAGGGAGCCCCUGUCAAUCUCUGCCAUCUCGGCCCAGAUAGCAGUGGUGCCCCUCGGCCACUUCAUGGCUGCGGCUCUCCCCCGGCGGGUCUUUUUCCAGGGGCGUAGAUGGGAAUUCAGCCUCAACCCUGGAAAGUUUAAUGUGAAGGAGCAUGUUUUGAUCACAAUCUUCGCCAACUCGGGGGCAGCCAAUCCUUAUUCCAUCCAUAUUGUUAGUGCGGUUAAGAUAUUUUACAGGCAGACGUUGACUUUUUGGGUUUCGUUGGGGGUAGUUCUGACCACACAGUUGCUGGGCUUUGGGUGGGCUGGGCUCUUCCGUAGGUACUUGGUGGAGCCUGCUGCCAUGUGGUGGCCCCAAAAUCUCGUCCAGGUGUCUCUGUUCAGGGCGCUUCAUGAGAAAGAAGUGAGGGCUAAGGGUGGACUGACACGAAUUCAAUUCUUCCUGAUUGCCUUUCUCUGCAGUUUUGCUUACUAUGUAUUUCCAGGAUAUCUUUUCCCAAAGCUUACUUCUAUUUCCUGGCUUUGCUGGAUAUUUUCUUCUUCGGUCCUAGUCCAACAGCUAGGUUCUGGACUCCACGGUCUAGGAAUUGGUUCUAUUGGGCUUGACUGGUCGAGCAUUUCCUCAUAUCUUGGCAGUCCAUUGGCUAGCCCAUGGUUCGCGACUGCUAAUAUUGCUGUUGGAUAUUGUAUCUGCAUGUAUGUUAUUACGCCUAUUAUGUACUGGCUAAAUGUCUACAAUGCAAAGACGUUUCCCAUUUUUUCAGAUGAUCUCUUUACAUCAAAAGGGCAAAAAUAUAACAUAUUGGCCAUUAUAGAUUCAGAUUUCCACAUCGAUUUAGAGGCGUAUGAGCGUCGAGGGCACCUACACCUAAGCACCUUCUUUGCUACGACCUAUGCUUUUAGUUUUGCAUGUCUCACGGCCACGAUCGUUCAUGUCCUCCUUUUUCAUGGCAGGGAUAUUUGGUUGCUGAGCAAGUCAGCUUUCAAGGAGAAGAAGAUGGAUGUACACACAAAGCUUAUGCAAAUUUACAAGCAGGUCCCUGAAUGGUGGUUUCUAUGCAUUCUCACCUUAAAUAUUGCAGCCACCCUAAUCAUCUGUCAAUAUUACAACAGCCAACUCCAGUUGCCAUGGUGGGGUGUCUUGUUAGCCUGUGCUCUCGCCUUCAUUUUCACACUCCCCGUUGGUGUUAUCAAUGCGACAACAAACCAAAUGCCAGGACUGAAUGUGAUCACGGAGUACAUAAUUGGAUACCUAUACCCAGGAUAUCCCGUUGCUAAUAUGUGCUUUAAGGUUUAUGGCUAUAUCAGCAUGAAACAAGCGAUAGUAUUUCUCCAAGACCUCAAACUUGGGCAUUAUAUGAAAAUACCACCCAGAGCGAUGUUCAUGGCCCAGGUAGUGGGCACCCUCAUAUCAUCAUUGGUGCAUCUAGGGACAGCUUGGUGGCUGAUGGACACCGUCCCAAACAUUUGUGACCGGGCUGUCCUUCCUCCCGGCAGCCCGUGGACAUGCCCUGGAGACCACGUGUUUUACGAUGCUUCUGUCAUCUGGGGCCUGAUUGGGCCUGAGAGACUAUUUGGGGAUCUCGGCCAUUACUCUGCCAUUAAUUGGUCUUUUCUAGUUGGGGCCAUAGCCCCUAUUGUAGUUUGGGCUGCGCAAAAGGCUUUCCCGAACCAAGGAUGGCUUAAGCUGGUCAAUGUUCCGGUGCUUUUGGUGUCCAUAGUGAAUAUGCCUCCAGCAACUGCCGUCAACUACAAUAGUUGGAUCAUAAUUGGCUUCUUGUCCGGGUUCGUUGCUUACAGAUACCACAGGGAGUGGUGGGGCCGGCAUAAUUACGUGUUGUCUGGGGCUCUAGAUGCUGGAUUGGCCUUCAUGGGCGUCAUGCUGUAUCUGUGCCUGGGGAUGGAACACGUUAGUCUCGACUGGUGGGGGAGUGAAACGGAUGGUUGCCCACUGGCGUCUUGUCCCACUGCAGAAGGGGUUUUUGUGAAAGGUUGUCCGGUUUAUUGA